AUGCUUGUAGAGAGGAAAACGCAAGAUCGCAAAAAGGGAAAAUCGGCCUCUUUCCUUACCGUAUCCACUAUGUACAGAGAAUCCCUAACUAGUUUGAUGGGUAUGCUGCACACAACACAUCCGCACUUCAUCAGAUGCAUUAUUCCUAAUGAGAAGAAAACAAGUGGGCUGAUAGACGCACCUUUGGUUUUGAAUCAGCUCACCUGCAAUGGGGUUCUGGAAGGAAUUCGAAUUUGCCGGAAAGGCUUCCCGAACCGAAUGACGUUUGCUGAUUUCCGGUUCCGCUAUGCUAUCCUGGCGGCCGAUCAAGCAGCUGAGAAAAAUGCGACUGAAGCAUCGAAGAGAAUGCUUGAAAGACUUGUCAAUGAAAAUCAGAUUUCAGAGGAUAAGUUCAAAAUUGGAGCAAAUAAGGUGUUUUUCCGAGCUGGUGUUGUUGCCAAAAUGGAAGAACUUCGUGAUGCAGCCUUGACAAAGGUGAUCAUCAAAUUCCAAAGCGCCUUGCGAUGUUAUUUGGCUCAGUGUCACUACCAAGUUUUACUGAAGCAACAAGCAGCGUAUCUGAUAAUUCAAGAGAACAUACGACAGUGGACAACGCUAAGAUUGUGGCCUUGGUAUCGACUUUUCACCCGUCUGAAGCCGAUGCUCAAAGGAAUGAAGUCCAACGCUGAGAUUGAAGCAUUGGAGAGAAAAGUCAAGGAACUGGAAGAGCUGUCAGUAAGUGAGGAACAACAAAGAAAGAAAUUUGAGGAUGAACUGCGAAUCAAAACCGAGCAGUAUGAAGAAAGCAAAGCAGCAUUGGAACGAGAACGAAUGCUCAUGGAGAAACGAAAUCAAGAAAUUGAGGAGCUCCAUAAGACGCUCAAAGCAGAAGCAGACAAAUUUGAUGAAGUCUCUCAUAGAGUGAAAGAGCUGGAAAAGGAAAAGGCAAGAGAGGCGAGGGAAUGGGCGGAAAAGGUGAGAAAAGCCCUCAUUGAACGGACAACUUCUGUAGCUAUAAAUCUGGUAUUAGUUUGCUAGUA